UCUUAAAACCCUAAACCCUUCCCUUCCCAGCCCAUCGAUGGCGACGAACUUGUGAGCAUCUCCAUCGGUUGCUUGCGCCUCUUUUGUCAAUCACGGAGCUCGGUCUCUCAGCGGUCGACGGACAUGGCGAGGCUUCUUCUGCGGGCUUCUUUAAGAGCAGCACUUUAUGCUUCACAGUUUCAGAAAUAUGGAGAAGGAAUCCCAGCACCUGCAUUUCAAUUUUGUAACUUUUCUUCCAAAGCUAAAACAAAGUCCAAGUCAGAUGGAUCUGAAUCUGGUUACUUUUCUUCCAAAGCUAAAAGAAAGUCCAAGUCAGAUGGAUCUGGAUCGGAUAACUUUUCUUCCAAAGCUAAAAGAUUGCCCAAGUCAGAUGGAUCGGAAUCUGGUAAGGAAAAUCUAUCUAAGAAAGAUAUUGCUUUACAGCAGGCCUUGGACAAGAUUACCGAUUCAUUUGGGAAGGGCUCAAUCAUGUGGCUUGGUCGUGCUCAUGCUCCUAGGGAAGUCCCUGUUGUAUCUACAGGAUCUAUUGCAUUGGAUAUGGCAUUGGGAAUUGGUGGCCUUCCAAAGGGGCAUGUUGUGGAAAUAUACGGUCCAGAGGCUUCAGGAAAAACUGCACUUGCUCUUCAUGUUAUUGCAGAGUCUCAAAGGAAUGGGGGUUCUUGUGCUUUUGUAGAUGGUGAACGUGCUCUGGAUUCAGCAUUGGUUAAGUCUAUUGGUGUCAAAAUGGAUAAUUUAUUCUUGUCACAGCCAGAUAGUGGGGAGCAGGCACUUAGUCUCAUUGACAAUCUAAUUAGGAGUGGUUCAGUUGAUGUUGUGGUUGUCGACAGUGUUUCUGCCCUUGUGCCUAAAAGUGAACCUGAUGGUGAGAUCGGAGAUGACCAUAUGGCUCUUCGAGCAAGGUUGAUGAGCCAAGCUUUGCGCAAGUUGACUCAUUCAUUAUCAAUGUCACAGACAAUUUUGCUGUUUAUUAAUCAGGUUAGAGCAAAGCAAGUGGCCUCAGGCGGCAAUGCCUUGAAGUUUUAUGCAUCCGUUCGCUUGAACAUCAGACGAAUUGGCUUCAUUAAAAUGGGUCAAGAGACUUUAGGGAAUCAAGUGUCGGUGAAAAUUGUCAAGAAUAAGCAUGCUCCUGCAUUUAGGACAGUGCGAUUGGGGCUUGAGCACGGCAAGGGGUUCUCCCGGGAAUUUGAGCUAAUAGAUCUUGGUUUGAAACACAAGCUCAUUACUAAAGGUGGUGGUGCUAUGUAUAGUUUCAAUGAGCAAAGCUUCAGAGGGAAAGAUGCUAUCAAGCACUAUCUUAUUAAGAAUGACUGGGUAAAAGAAGAGUUAGCAACAAAACUGAGGCAGAAGAUAUUAUACAACAAUGACGAUGACAAUAAAUUGGACUCACAGAACGAUGACGACACAAAUGAGGAAGUAUCUGAAGAGCUAAUCAUGUCCGAUACAACUGAUGAGGAACUUAUUGCCGCCUUAGGUUGAUGUAUCAAUUCUCUGCUUGGGAACCCAAGAAACUUUACCAGGAGCUGAAAGGUAUUAUGGUGAAGCCUUCAAGUUUCUGGGGUGAUUUAUGUACUUCGGGUGGAUACAUACCUAGCAUUCUAUCGCGAAGCAUGAAUGGGAUUAGCGUUCUCAAAGUUUCUCGAACGUUGACCCCAAAUGUAUAACAAGUACAAUGCAUUACUCAUUCAUAUGUAUUGAAUCGUUGUGACACCAAUAUUUCUUUUGUUUUUUUCCCUUGGAAAUUGAAAUUAGUUUUAUUCAU